CGGAAACGAUUGCUGUAAACUCUUCACAGGCGCUGAUGGUGGAACAUGGGUUAAAUUGUCGAGUUAAAUUAUUCAAGAGGAUAAUAUAGGUAUAUUUUCGGGAACUCAGCUCAGCUGCUGUUGCUGGUCUGAGUGUCAUUCAAGAAGUUUGACAGCCCUUGAGUUGGAACUGACUGAAGAAGACAACAUCCUAGGCUAGUUCCAUCUUCAACUCUGGAAUCAAAGUCAUCUAGUCACCCGCACUCAUGGAGAACACAAAAGAAGAGGCCCCGGCCCCGGUUAUGUGUGAGGUGUGCGGGACCUACUUCGAGACGCGGCGGGGUCUCUCCAGUCACGCCAGACUCCACCUCCGUCAGCUCGGCGUGGCUGUCUCGGACAACAGCGGAGCUCCCAUCAACUUACUCUACCAGCUGAUUCAGGACAGGGACGGUUCCAUGCACCCACCCAAACCCGUCUACUCUUCACCCAAAAAACCCAAGGGGUCAGGGACACUCAUCUCCCAGAAGGAGUCCCCUCUCGGGGGUAGGGUCAAAGUUUCGACAACUCCACAGAAUAAUAUAUCCAAGGUAGCUCGUAAAGGGACAGUUUUGGCCAAGCCUCGGCAGUCUUCCAUGUCGUCGUUCCUAACAGCAGGCAAGACACCAUCGGCCUCAGGGGGAGCGAGCCUGGCCUCAGCCAAGCCUGCCUGGGCACCGCAGGAGACGGAUGCCCCUCUCACCCUGGCGAUGGACACCAAUGACGAGGUGCAUGUGUGCCAAUUGUGCGGCGCCUGGUAUGAGUCCCGCAAAGGCCUGGCCAGUCACUGCCGGGCCCACUUGCGCCAGUUCGGCAUCACCGAGAACACAGAGACGAAAGGAGGACCAAUAGAAUUCCUCUACCAGAUCAUGGAAGCGGAAGACCUCCAACCUAUAGCAAGUGAAGGUCUCAACGUCUAUAACCCUUCUAUGUCUUCUAACUCUAACAAACGGCCCUCCGGCUCUGGUUCGUCCACAUCGCCUGCUAGACAUAAAGGAUCCCCCUCCUCCUCCCUUCACCAGCCUCCCUCCAACAAACGGCCCAAGCCCUCCGCGUCAGAAGGAACUGCUCCACAGGAUCAUAGGCUCAGCACGGGUGAGUUCACCUGUGUCUUGUGCGGUGAGGAGUUUGAGAACCGCAAAGGCCUAGCAAGCCACUCCCGCUCUCACCUGCGCCAACUCGGUGUCACCGACCUCCUGGGCAAGGCGUCGGCCAUCGACACGGUCCAGCAGCUGGUCAGCAGCGGCGUGCUUGCGGCCGCUGCAUCGGUACGACCCAGUAACACCACCACCAAGACCCCUUCUAGAUCCCCAGCUAACGCCCACCUCAGCCCCUUGGCCUCCAGCCACAAUCCCAGGUCCAAGGCCAAGAAGGGCUCCACCCUGGUCUAUCCCAAGCCGGAGCCCCUGGAGAUGGAGCUGGGUGUGGGGUUCUCCAGUCCGCUUGGGGGGUACAGCAGCAGUAAUGGAUCUCAGGGUUCUCAGAAGUGGGCCAAAAAUGGCCAGUCCUUCAACUCCGGUUCAGACCAGGAGCUCAUGAUCACCUGUGAAUUCUGUGGCCAGUUCUUUGACAGCCGCAAGGCCCUGUCCUGCCACGCCCGCUCCCACCUGCGCCAGCUGGGAGUCAUGUGGUCUGUCAACGAGUCGCCCAUCGACCUGUUGAGAGACAUCCUGCUGAAGGAGGGCAGUGCCACUGCCACCCAGGUGAGUGCGUGUAUGUGUGCAGUCCAGUUGGCAAUGGAGGGCAGGUCAAUAUCUCGUCAUGUGCUACCUACCGGCUGCAGUUGUGCCCUCGAGCAAGGCACUAAGAGGCGAAUCAUAACUUCUGCUUAAAGGGUAACUCUCAACCCCAAUUUCAGCCCAACCUCUUCAAAUAAAAUAAAAAUGCAUUGAGGUGAGAAGUUUUGGGUGGGGGGAAUUUGCUCAUAAAUAUUCAUUUUGAGGGUAGGUAAACAUAGUUGUACCUGAUCUCAACACUUUCUCACUAAAGCAUACUUACCAGAAGUCCACUGGCACGCUCUGAUAAUACAAUUAUGUACAUCGUAAGCAAAUAUGACUGGACAGUUAAUACCCGCAAAACACCAGUCUCAAUGUCAACAG